UGCCUUGGUACAGAGAGAGAUGUGUGUGUGAUGAACACGGCCUCACACUUCUGCAUUCGUGGCUACCCAAGAUCCGGAGCUCCUAGUGAGCUUCAGGACGUUUGAAGUGGGCAUUCAGUACUUCUGACUCUGGAUUACAUUUUCUGAUCCGGUCUCCAUGAUGGUCGAAGGAUGUGCCAAGGGGGUGAAAUAUGGCCUGUUUGUUGCCAAUACUGUUAUACUGAUUGGAGGCAUCGUCGUUUUCAGCGUCGGAAUCUGGACGUUAUCGGACCGAUCUUUCAUGGAAAGGCUGCUGGGCAGCGAUCUUUACGUAAGCUCAGCAUCUAUUUUAAUUGCAACAGGGAUCAUAGUCACCAUCAUCUCUUUCCUGGGCUUCCUUGGAGCUAUUAAGGAAAUCAAAUGCAUGCUGUUAACGUUCUUUAUCAUUCUCUUCAUGAUCUUCAUCACUAUGUUGGUGGGAGGAAUUUUAGGCUAUGUCUUCAGAAGUGAAGUGGAUGAUAGAAUGUAUUCAGAAAUGCUGAUGACCAUUAAGAUGUACCAAAAUGAUACUCAAGUGACGGAUGCAUGGGAUGCUGUACAGAGCAUCUUCAAAUGUUGCGGCAUGUCAAUGGAAAAGGACCCAGGCUAUGAAGUAUGGUCGAAACGAAAUGCUCACUUUGGAGGCAUUUACAAGAUACCAGCCACGUGUUGCAAGACCAAAGAUGACGGAUUGCGUGACAGAUGUCAAAAGGAACCUACUGAAAGCAACGCCUACUUGGAGGGUUGUUAUGAAAAAAUGAAAGAUUUUGUGGAGAAACAUGCCAAAAUUGUUGGAGGCAUUGGAGUUGGAAUUGCCUGCUUACUUUUGGUAGGCAUGGCUCUUUCCUGUGCAUUAUUUUGGCUUAUCAAGUAAUGAUAUAGCUGGAAGAUAUGGAGUUGCAUUUAUGCAGAGAAGGAAGUCAGAAUGGAAUGUUUAAUUAUUUGAGAUUCCCUCCCGUCUUCAAGCAGCCAUCCGUAAACUGAGACCUCAUGCAGUGUUAUAUAUGUAGUGUCACCAAGUUCAUUUUUUCAAGUCACCAAAUUCUAAAUCUAAAGCCAAUUGGAUGUUUGUAAUGAAAACAGAAAUUUUAGGUAUGAAUAAGGAUGAAUAUUUUUAAAUCAUUAAAUUAUUAGUCAUUUUUAUUAUAAAGUCAUUAAAUUAUGUUCUUGCAAUUUUAUCACUAGUUCUUACAACAGUUUGUGAUUUUCAUUUCCUUUUAAUACAUCUGCCUAGUAUCAGAAUCUUUUUUGACAAUAUUGUGUUUGAACUGAGAUUAUUUGAACCCUGUUGUUCUUAGAACGUAAGUGUAUUAUUGUUAUAUGUUGUCCUUUUGAACAUAAGUGCAUUAGUUUCUUUUGAGAAAAUAAUAAAAAAAAAGGACUUGGUGAAUUUUAGCAAUGAAUCCUGUAGCUGAAGAGCUCGGCCGAAAAUACAAUAUUUGUUCGUUUUGUGAGUAAAUAGCAUCACAAAACAAAUUGAUUGCUCACCGAGUUUAAAAAUAUUUUAAUAGAUUAACUGCAUAAACAUUCAAAAUAGAUGAAACAUGUAUUUAUGCGAUUGUCUGCUAUUAAAAUGAAGUAAAAAGUUGUUUGAGCUUCAAAUGUUUAUCAGUGUUGACCAUAUUAAGCUAUAAGAAUUUUUAAAAUUUACUGUUUUCAGACAAGUUCUUCAGUUUUCCCUCCAAAAGUGCCUUUUUUAAAAUGCCCAAACCUUCAACCUGAUGCGAAAGUACAUUCCAUAUUCUGUUACAGCUGCUUCUAUCUUUGUCAACAUAUUGUCCAAAUAUUUGUGUGACUUAGAUAAGCGGAGGUCUGUCUUGAAACGGUACCAGAAUGCAAAAUUUAAAAUUGCAUUCUGAUAUAUCAGUAUUAUUUUAUCAUAGUGCUGAAUCUAGAUUUAAAUGUGCAGGUAAUGCUGGAUUUAUUAGUGGACCAUUCCAUUGUAUCAAACAGAAUCUACUGUUGUUAUUUCAGUGCACUUCCUAUUAUCUUUCACAAAAGUUUGAAAAGUAAACAAGUACAAAAUUUACAAUAUAUUUUUAUGUAAAAAUCAUCACUCUGAGAGUGUCCGUUUUAGCUAAAGUUGCUUUUACUUGGCCUUCAAUACUUCUUUUUUUUACGAAAAUGAGAGAGAAAUUUUCGUUUAUUGUUCAACUGAUGUUCGAAUACAGUCCUUAAAUUCUAAAAUCUGGCUAGGUGCACUGCAAGAACAGAUUACUAUGCAAAUGGAUUAUAUAAUUGUUAUAGAAUAUCGAGUUUAUUUUGGAAAGACAAACAUUUCCUAAAUUUGUAUAAGACAUUAAAGCAGUGGCACAAAGAUUUAGCCCUUUCUAUUUUUCACCUACUUUCAAAAUAGUUAAAUUGUUACAAAGCUCUUUACAUCGCCAUAUGUGCAUAUGUGUGCUAGCUUUUGUAAGUACAUGUAUAUGCACUUUUGCUGAUCAUGUUUAUGCUUGAGUCAUCUUAGAUUUCGAUAGUACUUUUUUUUCUGAUUAUUUAAACUUGUAUAAUUUAUUUAAUGUAUGUUAUGUAUAAAGCUUAUUUGUAAGUAUCAAUUACUGCUACAGCAGCAUGAUAUUGUGGCAUAUAUAUAUAUCCUUCCAAACAUGGAUCUCGAACUGUUCCCGUCCCAUUGACUUUCAUUGUACAUAAAAUCAAUGUUUGCCUUUCCAUGUACUCACAAAUGAAAUUUUUAAUCUGCUAAUUAUAAUGUAGCAUAAUAAAUCAUUUACUGCUCACUCAAAAUCUUCAUUUUGCAGUAUUUGUAAAUGCAGCCAGUUCAAAGUAGUGAUAAUUUAAAGCUUUGUAAUUUUACUACUUAUUAGAUAUAGAUUUGUAUGUUUAGCUUUGACAUAGAAACUGUAUUUUGAAUGUUAAAACUUUGUGAUUGUAAAAUAUGGUUGAGUUUUUUAACUUUUUGAAAUUAUUAAAAUUUUAUUGUAAUUUUUUAUUUAUUUUGUUUGUAAAAAUGUAUUGUGCUGUGUUUUAAAAUUUGUAGAUAUGCUUUUUAAAGAAAUCUGGAAUAAUAUAAAGGAUAUAAAUCAGUGGAUAAUGAGAACCAAUAGCAAGUGAAAUGUAUGAUUUAUAAAUAAUCAUAAAAUUAAAGAAGUAACUAUAAUUUAGAAUAAAGAAUUAUUUUAGACACAUAUUUUUCAAAACGUUCAAUUAAUAUAUAUUUGUUGAGGGAUAAGAUAUUUAUCAAAAGGAUAACUUUUGUAAUUCUGCAACUGUAUAAUAUGUUUUUCUGUUCUCUAUGCUUGUAUUUUAUACAUAAAUGUUCCAGUUUACUAUAGAAAUGUUAUUUGUAAUGCUCCAUGCACAGAUCUAUAGAUAAGACACUUAAUUUAUUAUACAUUAUCUUGUUAUCUGUUGCAUAAUUAUCUUUGAGUGUAAAUUAAAUGAUUUUAAUACAU